UUCAUUUUCAUUGCCCUCGUUACGCAAAAUGGCUCCCUCGACGGAGAUUGCUUCGAUGGACAACAUCUUGCACCAUAUUACGACCUCGAAUAAUGUUGUUGCUCUCAAUGUGACGAUAAAGAAUUGCCUCCCGAAGGAUGCCCGGGAUCUGAUACUGUCGGGAUCGCUGAGCUCAGGUCAGGACCCGUUGAAUGUGCUGGAUGCGAGAGAAAACAGCCUUGGAAUUCUCUAUAUUCUAGCUGCACGACUGCAGACAAUGACUACACCGCCAACCUGGGAUUUCAUUGACCAUUUCUGUCAAGUCUUCAAUCCAGAACAGGUGCGACAUGCACCAGAGAGAGUCGUGAUAUUACUUGCCGGUAUUCUGAGACUGGCGAGCCAUUAUCAGAAUAUGCGACUAUCAUUGCCUUCUCUUCGCGCCCUAGCUAUGCGCUAUCCAACAUCACCUACCCAUUUGACGACCAUACACACCCGUUUCCUUCUCGUCUGUGCACAGACCCAUUCCUUCACCCAUGCUCUUCCGCUUCUCCUCAAUCAUCAGAUCACCGAUAUCGCGACCAGUCUGACCCCCGAUAUUGGUUACCUCGACAAUCUCAUAUACCAUUAUCUGGGUGGUAUCUGCCUCGCUGCACUGGGUCGCUGGGCGGAAUCAGAGGAUUACUUUGAGGUGUGCAUAACUGCUCCCGGGGUAGCAAGCGCGCUGCAGGUAGAGGCGUUGAAGAAGUUGAAGCUUGUCCAGCUGAUCCGACAAGGCAGCACGUCAUCACUGCCAAAGUAUACGAACAAUGCGAUACUGCGAGCAUUUAAAAACAGUCCGUAUCAUGCAUUUGUAGAGGCGUACCCAAGUAAUGUGGACAAAAUGCUGUCGGUAAUUGAAAAAGACCGGACGCUUUUCCAGACGGAGAAGAAUGCAGGCCUCUUGAGCCGUGCAUGGGCUAGGGCGCCGAGAUGGUCAUUAAAGAAGCUUACACGCACGUAUGUCACGCUGAGCUUGGGAGAGAUUGGGAGACAGGUGGGAAUCAAGAACGAGGAAGAAGUCCGAGAUUUGGUGCUUAGCAUGAUUGAGGAAGGCGAUGUAUAUGCUACACUGUCGGACACGACGGUGACAUUCUCGGACCCGCCGCAAUCGUUCACCAAGGAACAAGUUGACAGGGUUCUUUUACGGGCACAACAGGAGUGUCGAGAACUCGGUAUCCUCGACCUAGAGACUGGCAAAAGCAAAGACUUCUUGUCAAAGGUGCGUUCCACGAUCUGUUGACCACUUUCUCUGCUCCUCGGAACCGGAAUUAUUGUUGUUUUUUUUUUUCGUCUCCAGGCAAUGAAAUCGCAAGACUCUUCCUGGUCUCCAUCGAUGGCUAUGGGGGGAGAAGAAGAAGUAUUCGUGGGCCAUGGUGGUGCCUCUUGGGCCGAGGAGAUAGGGUUUUCCUGAGCUAUG